CAGCGCAGUUAAGUUGAGUCGGAGGAAGGUGAUAUUUCGGAGCACGCUCUCUGGCCCCUUUCUCUUUGGCACGAUGUCACGCUCUUAACUCGAGAUUUUUGAGUCGCAUCGUUAGCAACGGACCGUGACACGCGCGUAUGACCCGUCCGUAUCCGUCUACCUCUACAUGGUUUUGUGUCUCUCCCUCACGGAGCGGGUUGAAAACUCGGCAGCUUUGCGGGGUAUAUUCUCGAAGUGGUGGAGAGACCUCGUGAGCAGCGGGUCGUGCGAUAGAAUAUACGCGAAUUCGAACGAGUAUCGUUGCACGGCCAAAAAACGUCCACCGGUGAAAGAGACGUGGAACUCGAGCGUUCGUUGUCGCGAUGCACGUUGUCUCGUGGUUUUUGUGACUGGACGUGACCGGGAUAUUUCGUGGUGCGUGUGCAGUGGAAGCUGCGAAGGACUGAUCAAGGCGAAAGGGUCGAAAAAUCAAGUACGACAUUUUUCUGGAAUCCAGAACCACGGAGAUGUCACGCUGAAGCGACUUAAGGUUGCAGUCGGAAGGGGGAGGUUGUGGAUCCUUGGAACGAUGUACAGAUCCUGAUCGCGGAGCGUCCCGGGCCCCGCAGGGGUGGAGAUACGGUGGAACAGAUCACCGAGGACACCGGUGUGGAUCACCGCGGGUCGACGGAGCCGCGGUAGCUAGAGCGCGGACCUGGGGGAGGCUGGAGAAUGAGCAUGUUCAGCAUACUGCGUAGAAAUUGGGCACUUCGCGUGUCGGUAGUGCUCAACAUCUGCGUGUUGCUCUACGUGUGCGCCCACUUCGGCUCCUCCGGGCCCUGGAUCGAGGAACCGCCGACGAACUGGGCGGCGCCGUUGCAAUCGGAGACCUUCAGCACCGUGGAUCUCGUCAACGGCACGCAGAAGGGCGCCGCGUCGUCGUCGGUCGUGCCCGCUACCAAGGAUGCAGGCAGCAAGGGUUCCCGUGGCGGUAACGUGACCAAACUGGCCAGGGCGAGGCUCCUCACCACGAAACCGACCCUCAACAACGAGGCCAAGGUCGAGACUGUGGACAAGACGGAUCAGCGACGCAAUCAGACGGUGAAAAACGAGGCGCCGAUCGUCCGGCCGACGAUGAGCCUGAAGGAGGCCGUGCUUUGCAACGAGAAGUCGUCGGAGCCUAGAAGAGCACAGCGGGGCGACUACUGGGUCCUCUACAAUUACGUGCCGAUGAGCAUGGCGGUGAGAUGCUGGGAAAGCGUGACGUACACCACGCACGCGGACUACACGUUCCUGGACAAUCUGGAACCUCUGCUGGAGCGAUGGAGGGCACCGAUAUCGAUUGCGAUGCAUGCCCCUGGCACAGACUUCCCGGCGACCCUCGACGCCAUCAAGUACUCGAGAAACUGUGGCAGUCCGCUGGUCUCCCAGCUGGUCACCUUCCACGUAUUCUUCAGCAGCAAACACGUGCCAAAAGUGGUACCGCCAUCGGAGAAAGUAAUGUCUGGUACGUACAAUUGCACGCUGGGGCCGCCGUGGAUCAACGUCACGCUUUCAAAGAUGUAUAAAAAUGAGAAAAAGUUGCUCUAUCCCGUGAACGUCGGGAGAAACAUAGCGCGAGAGUCUGCGCCGACGUUCUACGUGUUCGCCAGCGACAUCGAGCUGUAUCCAAGUCCAAAUUUGCCUGCAAAGUUCCUCAAUAUGAUUAGGAGAAAGGAUCAGCCGGCCCUUUACAAGCCUAAUCCGAAAGUUUUUGUACUGUCUAUCUUCGAAGUGGACGAGAAGAAUCAACCACCGAACAACAAGACGCAUUUGAUUCAAAUGCUGAAGGCUGGCACGGCUAUUCCUUUCCACAAGAAAUUGUGCUCCGGUUGCCACAAUGUUCCUCGAAGCAAAGAAUGGCAAGAGACACCGGAGACUGAAGAUCUCCACGUGUUUCACGUGGGCAAAAGGAUCGGAAGUUUCGUUCACUGGGAACCGAUUUUCAUCGGGACCAAUAAUGACCCUUUGUACGACGAGAGGCUCAGUUGGGAAGGAAAGAGCGACAAAAUGACACAGGGCUACGCGCUGUGCGUCCUCGACUAUGACUUCCUGAUACUGGACAACUCGUUCCUGGUCCAUCGUCCUGGCAUAAAGAUCUUCAAGAAGGACGCGCAUCGGGAGAUGCUCACCGCAAAGACGAACGCGCUGAUCAAGAAGAUAAUCAUACCGGAAUUGAAAAUCCUUUACGGAACACGUAAGGGCUGUGCCGUGUAGCCCGUGGAGAUUCGAGCGCGUCGCGUGCUCCACAGGUGUCCUCCUGUCAAGUGGCAGCAUCCGAGAUCAUCCUUGACAUCUAGAAUGUUUCAGACGCGGCAAAAGAUCAAUGGAACUCGCGAGGUUCGCCCGGUCGCGCUUGGCCCCGAAAAUCCGAAGAACGUAUAUUGUGAUUCGUAGUUGUCCUAAAACGAAUGCCAAUCGAACGGUGCCGAAAGUAUAGAUCGUUAGGUUGCGGAGGGACGACCUCCUUCGAGCAAAUUUCUCCUGUAAUCGUUGGUUCCUGCACCGUGUUUAACGCGUCGCUCCAUUGUUUCUCGUACGCUGAAUUCUGUGCAACGCGAAACGGCGACAGCAAAAAAAAAACAGAAGGGAAUAGUGACCGGAACUGACCGGCCCCGACGAUAGGAGUGUUAGAAAUGUUUCUCGCGAUGAUCGUACGAUUCUCUCCGGCUACGAAAAGAACCUUAUUAUACAUAUUUUUCACCCGAAACGUGUUAGGAAGUAUAAUUGUACAUAUUAGCAUUUAAAAUGGUGCCUCGUGUAUAACUGUUACAGGGAUGGGCUAAACAUAUUACAAUAAUGCACGGUUAAAUUUCAUGGUGGGGUAUUUUUUUAUAAAACUGAACUCGAACAUUGGCAAAGAAGAAGAAUAGUUACAGGGAACGAGUAAGUAUAGCAUGUCGAGAACUCGACAUAAUGCUGGAGGAUGAGCGGGGAUAGGUUCUUGGAAAUUUAGCUGUGCACCACUGUACGACGAAGACAUUAUUUACGUGCAGCCUGUUUGUCCAUUACCUACCGAGAUAUCGCUUUGAGUCUUGCACUAAGUUUGAUUAAUUGCUAGCUACUAAUAGUAACGUUAUUUUUAUCUAUUUUGCAACUUAAUAAUACAUAACACGUCAUUAGUAUGUUAAUUUAUUUAGAGAACCUACAGUUACUCAAACUCUGUGCCGAAAGUCACGCCUCGGUAGAAUUGGAAUUUAAUGUAUUCACGUGUUGUACUCGGUAUUGUGCAUUUAUACAAAGCGAUUCGUUUGACUGAAAAUGUCUGGAACCAUUCUCUGAAGUAUUCCUCAUUAAACGGAUACCGAGUACAAAAUAGUGUACAGGAGUAUUUAAUGCAGUAUGAAUGAAUACAAUAUUUGUUGUUCGUCACUUGUUCCAAGCACUGAAUGCAUGUAUUCGGUAUUUUAAAUGUAUUUCAGUUACAGAAUGAUUGGAACGUGCCCAUUCCUGUCUCUGACUAUUUACAAGGUUUUUGUAGUUUUUAGCGAUCGUGUGCAUUUUAUCUCAUUCCACGUUUUCUCCGACCGUUGCUCUUUUUGCAAACAAAAAGAGGAAACAGAACUCGCAUUAGUAUGCAAGCAUGUGUGCAAAGGUACGCCAAAAUGGUGAGCUGCUCAAAGUAAUUACAAUUAAAUAAAACCAACAUCUGGAAUGAGAGGAAAUACGGUACGUUCUACAACCUAGUAUUUGUAUUGAACGUUUCGUUCGUACGAGUGGCUGUCCAAACAUUUCUCGUUCGAGUACGCGGUCCUCUGAUUAAUUUCAGCGGUAUAUAUUACAGUAAACACAAAUUCUACAUUUCAAUCAAUAAUUUUUGGUUCCUCUAAUUUUAUAGGAAUUUAUUUCUAGUACCCUACGCAAUAAGGUAUCUUAAACUCAGACCAGAAUACCAUUCGUUGUUUACCUCACUGUUCGCUUCUUAUUUUCGAGUUUUAAAAGCACGAUUCCACACUAAUUGCAAUUUAAUCCUUAAUCAUAUUAUGUAUCUUAAUUAAAACGAUACGAAACCAAAUGCACGCAUAAGUACUGAAAAACUUACGUUAAGCGUGAACGUAAAGGUUUUGCGAGACGAGCAUUGCAACAGUUAAGUUACACGCAGAAUUUUCUUCGAUUUGUCCAGGUCUUAAAAUUCGUUGAUACGAUUUCGUUCUUCGACGAAAAUAAUGAAGGAAAAUCAAACACAAAACUAACCAGGAAUCAAGAAACACUUUACUCUCCAAGACUGAGGAACACGUUUGAUAACAAUUUACUAGGACAGUUAUCCUAAAAGCUUUCGAUUAAUAAACGUCAAGUCAUUAGUUAUUUAAUGAUCUUUUAAUUAGUGUAACUCGUUAAGGCUAACACAUUUCUUUAUAUACUUUAUUUUAUUUCUGUCAAAGAGAAUUGGUGCUUCCAGUGAUAGUAAUCGGUGAUCGAUAAAGAAACGUUGAUUUUUUUGAUCGUCGUAUAGAAAUUCAACUAUUCUUUGCAAUGUAUAAAUUAUUGCAAUGAAUCUAAUUGAGAACAGCAUAAUUAUUUCUUUUAUUGUGUCUUGCGAAAUCUUCGCAAGAUAAAAGUAUUCCAUAACUCUGUAAAUAUUAUGUGCUAAUACUUUUCCUCGAUAAUUAGUAAAAAAGAAUUCGUGUAAAACACAUUUAAAGAUUGGUGAGCUAAAAAAUUUAUUACGCAAAUGCAAUUUCGCGUAUCAUUAUACGAUCAACUUGAGAAUUAUUCUCGGAUCUUAAACUGUGUAUGCAUGAAUGUGUGCGUGUGUGUAUAUACAUAUACAUAUAUAUAUAUAUACACCUUUAACUAUAUAAGUACAUAAAUAUAAUAUAACUGUUACUAUUUUACACGGAUUAAUUAGGAAAUAAAUGUGAGUUUUGACGUUUUAAAAUAAUAAACGUACUGUCUUGGGAUGUUCGACGCAAGAAACUUUUUUGCAUUUAUUUUAGUUUUCUGGUGAAAUCAGAAAAGAGGUGCACAUGAUUUUAUCUUGUUGUAUCUUCAAACAAUAAAGUGAAUAAAAUUUACCUUGGAAAAGCUGAUCAGUUUUGAUCAUAUUAGCGAGUACAGUAUUAAAAAAAUAAAGACGUUGAACAAAUCAUGACAGUAAAUGAGUGAGAUAACAAAAAAGUGUGAUUCCAUCGCUAAGAGUACUCUUGGAAUUGAAGAAAAAAAAUCGUGUCAUCAUUUUUCGUGACACAUAAUCAGACAUCCAUUUAUAAAAUGGAAUUCCCCGUGGGAUGCACCGGAUUUCAAUUUCUCAAAAAAUUAAUCGACUUCUUUUAGUUACAAGUACUCUCGGUGAUGCGACUUCAAU